AUGUCAAUUGAUAAUCUGCCAGACACAUUCAUGCAAUCCGUGGACGGAGAUGACGGGCGCCUCAAUGACGGGUUCUGGAAAAUAAGGAGUGCCAGUGUUGAUGAUGACCCGUUGUACGUUAAAUCGCUUGAUGAAUCAGGGUUUUUGGAUGGUAUUUCGUCCUCCGAGUCGUGUGCGUCCGUGUCCGUUGUCACGACACGCCACGUUAAGCGCUUCGACGGAGAUGACUGGAAGUGCGUGUUAAUUAACCAUCUGGAUACACUGCGGGCCACGUUCGUUGCCGAGGCGGCUAUUGCAUGUCGUGUGACACAAGAUGACAUCACUCUCUGUGAGUUGAGACUUGGCAGUUUGUAUGUUACCUUCCAUGUCUCUCAUGAUGCAGAUGUUAGUGAGACAGAGAUCCAGGAUCGUGUGGAACUCUACCCUUUUCGGGAGGUAAUGAGACUUUACGCCAACCGUGAUGCUCCAGCAGACGGCUUGGAUGCGGCGCUGAAGCGUAUCGCGGAACUUGAAGACGAGAUGAAGAACAAGUUGGCAAAGCUGCAGGAGGAAAACGCAAAGAAGGCGGCAGAGCUUGAGCGGUCCAAGUCUCAGAUGGAGAGCGAGUUAAGGCAGGAAAUGGAAGAUAGGGAGAGAGAACUCGCAGAGGCACUCAGCAGUGCGCAAGAGGCGCUGCGCGCCAGUGAGGCGGAAAACAAGCGCCUAGAGGAAGAAAAGAAGAAAGCGUUAGAGGCAAUAUUGCGAGAACGCAAGCGCAUUGACAAGCACAUGCUCCGCCAGAAUGAAUUGAUUGCCGCCAUCGUGCAGGAGAACAAAAAGGAAAUGGAGGCGAAGGAGCGUGAGUUUGAGGAGUGCAUACUUGCGAAAGAUGUCAUAAUUGAAAACCUGCGCACCCGUUUGCGCUCAAAGAGUGAGCCGCCAAACGGUGAUGCGUACUCGCGCGCCGGUUCUGCGGAGACCGACCGCGCAGAGGAGUUUGCGAAACUGAUGGGCCGCAUGGAGGAGAUGGCCAUUGUGCUUGAAAAGACACAGGAAGCUGAGACGGAGUCGCGGGGUGAGAUCCAGCGGUUGUCUGAGGCGCUGAGGUUUUCGGAAGAGGCACGUCAGUCGGACGCAGUCAUCUACGAAAACAACAUGCUUGCUUUAAAGCAACAGUUGCAGGCGUAUCGUGACACCAGACGCGCAGAAGAUCACCAGAGGCGUCAGGAAGAGUCUCGUUCCCGACGUAGCACGAACCUUGAUAAAGAGGAAAAGACAAAUGAAACAAUUGUACGACAGUAUGAGACGGCAUUGGAAAAUAUCCUUGGGACUUUGCAGGACCGUCUGACCAUUUUACGCGAGGAAUAUGCAUCGUUCCUCAAAGUGUCAGAAGAGGAAACGACAAACGAAAAGGGUGUACUUGGUGAGCACGAGCAGGACAACCAACAUAUGAGGCAGACGUUCCGCACUGCAUCGCUAACGCUUCAGCGGGUGUUCUGGAGCACACGUGAGAAGGAGGUUCAGGAUGUGAUCGCCGAGCUGGACAAUGCGGCGGCGAGUGCAGAAAAGUCAAGGGCCGCAGUAAAAGUCACUCUGGCAUUACUGGACUCACGCCUAAAUUCUUUUAACGAACAGAAGGAAUGGAUGGAAAGUCAUCAGCAGUCACUGGAGGAGCUUAUCUCAUCUCUCCGGCAGCUCAACAAGGGUGCCUUUGAGCGGCAGCUUUCCUUAAUGAAUGAACAGGCGGCAAAACAGUUUUCGGCAGCAUAA